AUGUUUGGUACAGGGCACCUUGUGUCUCCUCUAUCUCCUGCAGUCCUCCACUCUUCGGCUGCACACUUCUUCCCAGCAUUCACCAACAGGCUGAGCUCACCACAGAUCCUCAUUCCUGGGCCCCUGCUCAGCUACGAACUCCUUCGCAGCUACCUGCAGCCGGAGCCAUGCAAACAGGCUCUGCUAUUGGCCACUCAGGCCGCAGGGCAUCAUGCUGACAAUAUUGAUGAACCAAGGCCAGUGAAGCAGCGGCGAGCUCGGGCCAACUACAGCAGCUGGCAGCUGGAGGAACUGGAGAAGGCCUUCGAGAGCACCCACUAUCCUGACGUCUUCAUGAGGGAAGCGCUGGCCCUCAGACUGGACCUGAUUGAGGCCAGAGUUCAGGUGUGGUUCCAAAACCGCAGGGCUAAAAUGCGCAGACAAACGAAGCUCCAGAGCAAGGCAGGGGAACAGUGCGGCAGGAGUGACAGUGAUGAUAGGCUGUUUGAUUCAUCCAACAGAAGUACAGCUCCAGAGAUCCAUGGGAACAACAGUCCAUGCUGGGACAGGAAACAGGAGAGAGGAAGCCCCACUUGGCACAAACCCUCGUCAUCAGCUAUUCGCAGCCCUGUGGGCAGCAUGGUUCAGAGGACGAGGGAUCAGGAGGGGUCAGAGCUGUCCAGUACGGAGUUCCGCUACUGCAGCAUUGCCAAACUGCGGGCCAAGGCGAGGGAUUACGAAGCAGAGAUCCACAGCACUGUGUCCAAAGCCAGCCGAGAGAGGCAGCUGAAGAAUCCGGUGUCUGCCACAGUCCUAGAAAGAGACUAA